CUUCCUCCCUCCCUCCCUCCCUCCCAGAGGACGAGGAGGGGCAGACCUCUCGGGCCGCCUCCGCAGCCGCCUCGGCCGCGGCCCGGCGCCCGGGGGCCCCGAGGCGCUGCCGGGGGCCUUCAGCAAUGCCGAAGCGCGGCAGGCUCAGCUUCGACCCCGACGCCGCCUCCGGCGACAGCGGCGCCGAGGGCCAGCCCGCGUCGCCCGUCCGAGCCGCGUCCCUGGCAGCGGCGACGGCGGCGCGCUUCCGCGCCGAGGCGGGCGCCAAGGCGCGGAGGCAGGCCACGGCUGCGGGCGUGGGCGGCGCCGCGGCGCCCGCGGGAGCCGCCGUCUGGGCCACCGGAGUCGGCGGGAGCCGUGCGUGCGGCGGUGGGGAGCUGGUCGUCGCAGGGGCGGAGGGCGGCCAUGGAGGAUUUCACCAGCGAGUUCUCCGCGAGCGCCGGCGGUGCCGAGGUGACCCUCGCCGGGGUCUUCGACGGCCACAACGGCGCGCGGGCUGCCGCCUUUCUGUCCCAGCGGCUCCUGCCCGAGGUGGCGUCGCAGCUGUCGGCAGCGGCGGCGGGCGCGGCGGCGGCGGCGGCGCCCGCCCUGACAGAGGAGAGGGCGCGCAGGGCCUGUGUGGAGGCCUUCAAGGCGGUCGAGAUCGGAGGAGAAAGAACGGCACAGGCAUAAACUCGGCUCGGGCAGCAUACAGCGGCGAGCCCACGGGCUUCGAGAGACGAGUUUCGAUGCUUGC